AUGUCUCUGGGUAAUACCUUAAUAAGUGCUUCAAGGAGGCUCUCCACAACGGCUAGUUGCCAAUUAGCCUCAUCAAGGUCUUCCAAGUUCGAUAGGGCGUCCACUCGAAGCACUGACCUUAAGAAGAAAAUGAAGCAGUUACAACAUAUCCCUGAAUUCCCUCAAAUUUAUCCCGACUUCUUGCAAUCCCCUGUUUGGAAUCGUAGAAAUGCUUUGUUCGAAGAACUCCAAAGAAAAGACAUGUUGGAACGGAGAAUGAACAUUGAUAUUCCAGAGUUUUAUGUUGGAUCCAUAGUAGCGGUGACAACUGUAGAUCCUAACUUGGGAAGUAAAGAACAUCGUUUCGUUGGAAUUUGUAUCAGGAGGGAACGUGAAGGAUUGAAGCACCAAAUCACUUUGAGAAAUGUCAUCGACGGGCAAGGUGUCGAAGUGAUGUACGAAUUAUACAAUCCCACAAUAAAAAAGAUCGAGACAUUAAAACUAGAAAAACGCUUAGAUGAUGAUCUUUCAUACUUAGUUGAUGCAGAGGCUAAGUACAGUACCUUUGACUUCCACCUUGAGCCUAUCGCUCAUCCUGCUGGAACACCCGUGCCUGUGAAUAAUUUGAAGGUGAAACUUCGCCAACCCCCUUGGACAAGGCGUUGGGAGCUUUAUGACUGCAAAGGAAUCGAGGACAGCUGGACAAAUGCUACUCCGUGGUUCAAGAGGAAGUUCCACAAAACAAAAAUAAAUGACUAUCAAUAUUAUGAUCUGGUCGCAGAUUAUAGAACCAACUCAACGUUAGAACAUGAACUGGCUGUUGAGGAAGAGAUGCAGAAGUUCGAGAAAGAACGACAUAGUACUGGACAAACGCGUCGUCGCAUCUUCCGUAGUGCUGCGUCUGCGCGCUAG